AUGGGCCAGUGCAGCAUCACCUCCAAGACUCUGCUGGUGUUUCUCAACCUUAUCUUCUGGGGGGCAGGUGGCAUUUUAUGCUAUGUGGGAGCCUAUAUCUUUACCACUUAUGAUGACUGUGACCAUUUCUUUGAAAAUGUGUAUACUCUCUUGCCCAUGGUAGUGACCAUAGCUGUAAGAGCCCUGCUCUCCAUUAUGGACCUAACUGGCUGCUGUGCCACAAUCCGAGAAAGCCACUGUGGACUUGCCAUGUUUGUCAUCAUCCUAUGCUUGCUUUUUGUCACAGAAGUUGCUGUGGUGGUUUUGGGAUAUGCUUACAGAGCAAAGGUGGAAAGUGAGGUUGAUCGCAGCAUUCAGAAAGUGUGUAAGACCUACAAUGAACCGAACCUGAUGCUGCUAGCCAGGCUCUUGAUUAGGUACAGAGACAGCUUCACUGUUGUGGAAUUCACAACUAGUCAGGCUGGGAAAACAGACUGGUUCAAAGAGACCAAAAACCAGAGUGUCCCUCUUAGCUGCAGUGGAGAGGCCCCCAGCAGCUGUAAUGACAGUCUGGCCCACCCCUCUGACCUCUAUGCUAAGGGAUGUGGGGAUCUAGUUGUGAAGAGGUUACCAGAAGUCAUGAUGCCUAUUAUCUGGGCAGCCCUGGCAUUUGCAGCUAUUCAGCUGCUGGGCAUGUUGUGUGCCUGCAUCAUAUUGUGCAGGAGUAGAGAUCCUGCUUGUGAGCUUCUCCUCACCAACAAAAGCUCAUCUACUGUGCGUAGUAGAAAACGCAAGCCUGAGCUUGUAAGUCCUGUUCUGAUUUGGAAGAUGAAUUGA